AUGGCUUUGAAACUGCCAAGCUUGACCCCUUCACGAUGGUCUCAAAUUGACAGUCCCGAGUUCUAUCAAUCUACGAGCCACUCUAAUACUGCCACCAACUCUCUACUUGAACCCGUUGCAAAGCAUAUUCUACCUCAGAUAAUGGACGAACCAGAGUGGAUGAAAGAUGCGAUUGCAAAGCUAGUUAAAGAACACGGAGCUGUUCCCCCUCCUUGGUUCAUGUUUCCAGACACUCAUCCAUAUGAGAUAUGUUGGCGCAUGGGCGCAGGUGAAACACACAUCAUGAACUUUUCAGCCUGGUGGGACAAGCAGAAGGAGGUGCUCGACGAACAGGGAAGAAUCGAGUAUUUUCGUCGAUGGCCACCUCCGCCUCGAUGGCUCGAAUGGAUGAUAGAUGCCGUGUGGGAACCUCAACCGCCGGAUUCGUAUGACGAAUCUUUUGAUUAUACACCAUAUUUUGAACGCGUUGAAGCGCUGGGAUUUGGAUCACAAGCCGAAUAUGAGCAGGACUUGGAGGAAUUCGGACAGGAGGAUGAGGCGGGUGAAGAGGAUGGUGACGACGAUGACGAUCAUGACGAUCAUGAUCAUGAUGACCAAAAAUAA